AUGGUAGACGUGGCUGGCGUCGGUGCGAGCAUAUCACUGUGGUACCUCACUUCGUUCGGCACCUUGCUGCUGAACAAGUACCUCAUGGGCUACCUACACGUGCAGCCGAACACCCUAGCUGCAGUACAAAUGGUGUCGACUGCCAUCUAUGGCGCUCUGAAAACUUUGAAGCUUGGAGACGUGUUGCGGCUGGCACGGGAGGCUAGAAGCCUCGUGUCUCAGAAGAAUGGGGCACGGAAGGCAGUCACUGACCCGGAGUCGCCGGACACCUCGGACCAUCUCGAUGGCCUUGGUAACAAGGGCAGGCGGUGGCGCAGGAGCCUAAUCCAGAUGAGCUUCGUGGGUUUGAUGCGAUUUUCCACGGUAGUGCUUGGCCUGGUGAGUCUCAAAUACGUCGCAGCGUCCUUUACCGAGACCAUCAAGGCGUCCGCCCCCUUCUUUACAGUGAUUGUUGCCUACCUCAUGCUAGGUGAAAGAACAGGUGUGCCGGUUUUGGCAUCUCUUGUGCCGGUUGCAGGAGGACUAGUGUUGGUCUCCUCCACCGAGCUUUCUUACAACAUAGUCGGGUUUGGAGCCGCCGUGCUGACUAAUAUCAUUGAAUGUGUGCAGAAUGUCUUCAGCAAGAGGCUGCUGGCCAACGAGUACACGGCUUCCCAGUUACAGUUCUACACGUCGCUGACGGCUUUGGUGAUGCAGGCACCGAUCUUUCUGAUUACCCACGAGCCUGCGGCAUCUCAUUCGCACCACGUGGAACACGACGUUUCGCACAUCGGUCUGAAUGUGAACAAGACGCUGGCUGCUCUCACAGUAUCAAGAGAGGAAAUCAUUGAAGAGAGUUGGACGGACUCCCUUCCGGACCGAAAUUUGCUGCUCCUCCUGUGGAUAGAUGGAGUACUGUACCACGUGCAGUCCGUCAUCGCUUACGUGGUGAUGUCUUACUUGUCGCCAGUGACCGUGUCAGUGGUGAACACGUUGAAGCGUGCCUUGAUCAUCUGCAUCAGUGUGCAGGUCUUCGGAAACCAAGUGACUCCGCUGACCAAGCUUGGCACGUUCAUUUGUCUAUGCGGCGUGCUUUGCUACAACUGGGCAAAGCAAAGCGGAGCAAAGUCGUGA